AUGGCUCCUUCUAGCGUUCAAGACCUGUUCGAUGCCGAGCCAAUGACUGCCACCAAGGUCCGGAAUGGCUCAGUUGCCGCUGUCAGUUAUCACAAAGGGGACUUCGGAAUCUUCCGCCGUCUGGUUCCUCUAGCAUCCGAUGGCAAGAUAACACACCUCAAUGCCGGCUUCAUGCCACCGUCAAAUCUCAUCGUGGACGAAGCCAUCCGCCGCUUCUGCUCGGAAUCUCUACACCAUCCAUCCCCCAAAGCUUGCUGGCGUCAAGACGUCGAGGCCGUCCGUCAGCUCUUGGCUCGGUACAUCAACACGGAUCCAUCAUCAAUAGCCUUUGUCCGCGACACGACAGAGGGCCUAGGAAGCUUCAUCCACGGGUUGAAGUUCGAGCCUGGAGACAACAUAGUCAUCCUAGACUGCGAGCACCCGAACCAGGCAUUCGGCUGGAUGGCACUUCGUCCCCUCGGCUUGGAGGUCCGCCUUGUCCCGACGGACCCUGAAAGACCUGUCGCCGCGAACGCGAAAACCUUCGCCCCCUAUGUCGACGACAGGACCAAAGCCAUUGGCUUAAGCUCAAUCAUGUUCCAUAGUGGACAAUGGAACGAUAUCGCAGAUGUUUGCUCUGUCUACAGACCCAUGGGAAUCCAUGUCCUUGCAGAUUUAACUCAGCAAGUCGGGUUCGCCGACGUUGAUAUCCAGGCCCUGGGCGUCUCGGCAGCUGCUUUCAGCUUACACAAGGGGCUUAACACACCAACAGGCUUCGCAGCCCUCUAUGUCGAUUCAGCCGUUAUCGAAGAACUUGACCCAACGCCUCCACUUGUCGGCUACGGAGGCGUGGCCAGCGUGAGCGACUCAGAAGACUUCAUGAUUCCAGAGGGACCGAUCGUCUUCCAUCAGACGGCUCGCCGAUAUGAGCACGCUAAUAUGAGCUUCAUCUCGGCUGUUGCAGCUCGUGCAUUCCUCCAAUUUUACCUCGAGAACUGCGUCACCUCAAAGACCGCAUGCGAGUACCGCGAGGUCGACCGCAAGAGAGUACCAGUCUCACAUGAGUACGUCGCUAGCCUAGAAAGCCGCCUCUCCUGGUUCGAGUCAUUCGUCAAGAACCUACGGGCCGCAUCGCCCGAGCAGCGGGAGGAGAUGCUCAAGUCAACCGCCUUGGACGACAAGUCGCCCAGAGGUGAGACGCAAGCCCCUGGAGAGUACAUCACCCAGCUCGGAAUCCACGCAGGUAACCAAGCCAAUCUCGAACUCGGGCUAGAGGGCUCGCUAGUCUACCACGGCGCGACGAGCAUCUUCCGCGCCGAGGCAGAGCACGGGCAGAAGGACGUCACCGACCGCGUUGGUCAGGGUUAUUACGACGGCGUCGAGUCGAAUUUUGAGAGCGUCAUGGAGCAUUUCGGGAUCGGCAUGCAUGAUGAAGUCGUCAUGCAGUCGUUGACGCAGUUUUUCCGGUGGCAGUACCCUCACUUCAUGUUCAUUUACCGGGAGGCCUUCCUAAGGGACCACUUUGGGGACAGGAAGAACGGAAAGUACUGGUCUUCGGCGUUGUUACUGUCUAUAUGCGCACUAGGGGCUCUUGUGUCGCUUGAUACGAAGGAGUCGAGCGAUCAGUUCUUUUUGGCGGCUGAGAGUAUCAUUAUGGUGACUGGUUUGACAAGGCCAUCCAUUGCGACCGUUCAGGCUUUCCUCUGUCUGGCUUUCUACGAGAUUGGAAGGGGCAAUCUGUCAAAAGGAUGGGGUUACUCAGGCAUUGCCUUCAGAAUGGCGCAAGACCUGGGUUUCCAAAGAGACCCCAAAGACUGGGUCCAGCACGACUCUUCCCUAGCUACUCCCGAAGAUGUCGAGAUCCGAAGACGCAUCUAUUGGGGCUGCUACAUCUCCGACAAGCUGAUCAGUCUCAUCCUCGGUCGGCCGGUGUACCUCGUCUACGACGAAGCGGAAGUGCAGCCCAUGGAGACUCUGCCUGAGCCACCUGAAAUGGCAUCGUGGCGACCGGUCGGCUUCGGCGACGAAGAUACUCAGUCAACAAAGGCAACUUCCAUGAUUCCAUACCUCCACGAGCAGAUCCGUCUGUCGCGGAUUAUCGAGCGCAUGAUGACGACCCUGUUUAGCCCUCGUUCGCAUCUAGACGACAUCAGCCGCCGGCUAUGUUUCGACAACCUCAACCUCGAACUGAACCGCUGGCGGGAAUCUCUCCCCGACUUUGCGAAGUGGCUGAAAUGGGGCCCUUCAUCAAAGCCGAUACCUGGAGUCUUUGCCCUGCACCUCCUUUUCCACAGCGCUCGCAUCGCUUUAAACUACGACCAGGCCAUCGCGACACGCGGCAGCGAGUCGGAGGAGAGGUCGCGAGUGUACUGCAGUACGUCAGCUACCGACGUGACGUCGCUCCUACGCACCUACCGGACCCAGUACGGCUUACAACACGCGCCUCUUGUGUUCGUGUACGGCGCGGUGCAAGCGUGUCGCUCGGCUAAGGCUUUUGGGAUCGCGGAGGAGUUGCAGUAUCUGAAUCAGACACUUGGAGAGUUGUCAUCGAUCUGGGGCCUUUCUCGAGAGGUUCUCCGGCGCUUGGGUUAA